AGCCGGCACGCUGUCGUCGCCGGUACUCUCAGUGAUUCUGGUGCACCCUAACGUGCGAGCGGACGUGCGACCUGAACGUGCGAGAGUACGUGUGCGUUUUUUUUUAAAAGAAAAAAUAAAACUCUCGUCAUUAUUUCUCUGAGUUACGCACAAGAUAGAUAGAGAGAGGGAGAGAUAAAGACAAAUAAAUAAAACAUAAGAAGUAGCGAAAAAGUAUAAUAGACUUACCACAUUACGUCUGUGGUGAUUUUCUAUCAGAAGUUUUGUCCUGGUGACAUUCGUCGAAGGCGCAAAAAAUUGAUUUGAAAGUGAGAAAAAGAGAUAGAAAAAUUUAUCCUUUGGAUAUUGCGUUUCAUCGAACAUCGCGCGCGCGCCCCUCACCGGUGACCCUGACACUCGGAUACACCGGGUACAUACGGCGCGCACGUCGUCUCUUGUACUCUGCAGCAGGCGGGAGAAGAAGAAGAGGAGGAAGAAGAAAAAGAAGAAGAGAGAAGACGGAAACAGCAGCAGAAACAUCGAGUCGACCACUAGUCAGUCAGUCAGUCAGCUAACUAACCAACCAGUUCAUCACACGUUCUCUAUGGUCCGCGAUCAUUGUGAGAAACAGAUCUAACGGUGUUACUUGUCACGUUCGAUUGAGCCAAUCAUAGGACGAACAUACUCAAAGUAAUUCCUUUUAAAUCUAAUUUGAAGUUAAGUGCAUUUAAUAAUUAAGAAAAAGCAUUUAAAUAAUAACUGAGUACGUGCAGCUCCACUCGCGUUAGAACGGUGUCGCCUCGAUCGAGUUGACCUUGACUUUGAUUCUUCGUCGAUUUUCGCGAUCUCGGUUUGCUGAAUUGGUUGAGUCGAGAGGAUUCAUAUGCCGGUUUAUGGGGGUGAAUGAAAUAUCCUCGUUUUCGAGUUCUCUAACUUCUAAAUAACAUUCCAAAAGUUGAUCGCGCGUGCUUAUAAGCUAGUCUGAAAGAGAAGAAAGAGAGACCACGUGACUCCAUCCUACUUCUCGAAUGUGGAAACGCAAAACGGGCGGGAAAAUGACUGAGUAAUUUAAAAGUCGAUUACUCGAACGUUUUAUAAUAUCGAUACUUCGUCGUGUUUUUAAGCGUCUUUGUUGAACGUUAAGAAUCAAAUAAAACAGGGUAUAAUUUUGGACGAAGGAAGGUAAUCGAAUUAGAAGGAGAAAGAUAGAAAAUAGAAAGAAAGAAAGAAGAGACAGGCAAGAAAAUCAAGAAAAACGGCUGCCACGGCUUUCGAGAUCGGUUGUUUGAGAGCCAUGGCCCCUCGGCGCCACGGCAAUGGUCACGCUACUAGUGGCGGUGGCCUCGGAGAUAACAACGGUGGCAUAGGUGGGACCGGAAGCAACGACGCCGUUCAAAUGGAGAAUAAUUUGGUUGUUGGCCAGAACAACAACAACAAUAAUAAUAAUAUUAACAACGGUUUAAACAAUCAAGGUACGACUCGUUGCUGUACACCGACGGGCGAAUGCUUGCGCAGUGAUUCUUUGAUACGAAUGAAUGCCCUGCAUGACGCGGUCAAGGUCAUUUGCAAUAACGAGAACUGUCCAGUAGGACAGUUCAUGCAUCGCGAGUGUUUCGAUGCGUGGGAGCAAACGAUCCUGACCUAUCUUAAGAGCUGCGGACGAGCAAGAAGUUGGUCUGAGAGACAACGUCAUCAGAAUCUUUGGACGAAGAAAGGCUAUGAUCUUGCAUUUAAAGCCUGCGGAUGUCGGUGCGGACGUGGCCAUCUUAAGAAAGACCUCGACUGGAUGCCACCGGGCUUAGGUAACGCUCCAGGCAAUCGUCACGACGAGAACGAAGCGAAGAAGAAAAAACGACGCAAUCGACAAAAUACUCGUCCAACUUUAGCCGUAUCGGCCGGUCCACCCAAUCACUCGAGUCACGUAGUUUCUACGAACGGACGUGGCACCACCGAAGCACAACUCAUCGAGUCCGGACGCGGUAGGGCCGGUUCUCUUUCAUCGAGUACCGGUUCGAGCUCACCACCGGCCACCAGCGAGCCCAGUGUUAGUCCUCUUCAUCAACCUCAGGCCAUCGUCAAGAAGAAAAGCAAGAUUGACUUUUUUGCCGAUCGAGCAAGGCAAAGCUGCGGUGCCAAUGGCAUCUUUUCUCGUCGUUUGGACUUCAGCGCAUUUAACAGCUUACCCAGGACCAAAUUGAACUCCUAUCAUAUUAAGAUGGAGGACGAAGGUAAUCAUGGCAACGAUGAUACCAGAUGCUUCAUUCUAUCUACUUUGGCAGCAUUGCAAUGGUCCAGAGUUUCUUGUGUCCUUUGUCGUGCAGCUAUGCUCGUAUUCGAUCGGUAUCCUUUGGUGGAUGGCACGUUUUUCUUAUCACCACGACAACAUUCACCAGCUUGUGCCGAGGUAAAGGUCGAAGGUCGCAUCCAAUAUCUAUCAGCAGUGUGUAUGAGUUGCCUCGAAGGUAGCGGCAAUGCACCCUUUCGUUGUCGUUGCUGCACCAAAAAAUGGGAUGGUUCCAGUUUAGUUCUUGGCACCAUGUAUAGCUAUGAUAUAUUUGCAGCCAUGCCAUGCUGCACGGAACGUCUCAAGUGCAACAGCUGCCAGAAGCCUCUGAUCUAUCCACACCAACGACUAAACUUUUACUCGGACUACAGCCGCGUGUUCGCCUGCCCUCAUUGUAGAACCGUCGACGCCCACUUUGUGAAACCUUUAGCGAUGUGCUUUACCCGCGAGCAAUUUCAGCUUUAUAGUCAGUGGCCGUAACCAUUAGAGAAGUUAGCAAACCGGCGUCUAAACAACAGCAACACGCCGUCCGACCCGAGCCCACUUUUCUUCGACCCGUUGAUCUCCUUGCUUCGGGCAACCUUGCUCUAGAUAUUAUUAUCCGUGACAUAUUAUGACGACGAAUACGAUGACGAUGACGAUGACUUACAUUUAUAUUCUUCAUUCUUCUCUCUUAAAUAACUUAAUAGUUUUCGAAACAAUAACAACACAACAACAACGACAUUAACAACCAACUAUUUCCACGAAUUUAUUCAUAGAUCAGAAAUCAUCCCCCUUUUCUUUGUCUUGUGCAACAUUAACUAUAAAAACACAACCCCGUGAAUGGGGAAAAAAUAAAGAAAAAGAAUUCGUAUGAAUUCUUAUUAUUUUGCUUAUGA